AUGUUCAGGCUGUGGACGCUGAGACACCCCGCUGUGUUCAUUCUUUCGUUCAUCAUCCUCAUCGUGGCUCUCUUCAGUUCAUCGUCUUUCCGGGCCAGGGCCCUACCGGCGUUUCGUACUCAGAUCAAUACUUACUUGUCUUUCAAAAACGCUCAACCGAUUCACACGAUGGCGAAAGCACCAGUCUAUUUCUUUAGCCAUGGAGGGCCCAAUGUCCAGUACGACACGAAGCACCCGGCCUACUCGGUCCUACAAUCCAUCGGCAAGGAGAUCACGCAAAAGGUCAAGCCCAAGGCGGUUGUCGUCUUUUCCGCCCACUGGCAGGCCGAGCCCAACAAGAUCCAUCUCAACAAUGCCGUCGACACCGACCUGAUCUACGACUUCUACGGCUUCCCUCCCGAGUUCUACAAAGCCACCUUCCCCAGCAAAGGCAGCCCAGAACUCGCCUCCCAAAUCCUCUCCCUUCUCUCCUCCGCCGGCAUCCCCGCCUCGGGCCAAAAGCGCGGCCUCGAUCACGGCGUCUUCUCCGGCUUCAACGUAGCCUUCCCCCCCGACACCAACCCCCUCACCUGCCCGCUCGUGCAAGUCUCCCUCUUCCACAGCGAGGACCCCAACGCGCACUACCGGCUCGGCCGCGCCGUGUCCGCCCUCCGCGACGAGAACAUCGUCAUCAUCACCACGGGCAUGACGGUGCACAACCUGCGUGAUAUGCGCUUCGCCAUGGGGAGCCCCACGCCGCUGCCCUACGUGGUGUCCUUUGACGAGGCGCUCAAGGAAGCGGUCGAGGCGGAUCCGAGCGUGAGACAGGAGAAGAUGGCGGCUGCGGCUGCGCGGCCGGAUGCGAGACAGGCGCAUCCGUGGAUGGAUCAUUUGAUGCCGGUGUAUGUGGCCGCGGGGGCCGCGGGGGAGGAUAGGGGGGUGCAGACGUGGACGUUGCAUGAGAGUAGUUUUGCUUGGGGGCAGUAUCGGUUUGGGGAGGUGCCUGCUUGA